AUCACAACCCCCCACAAGCAAGGGCAUUAAUGUCAUUUCACAGGUGCCCCAAAAGCCAACUACCAUCAUCAUCUACUUCUUUGAAACUGUCAGCAGAGCUAAAGCCAGCUUCCAAUACUUUGUUUGCACCAAUUCAACAACAAGAAAACAAAGUUCUCAACUUUCUUUUUUUAUUUUGUUUUUCAGACAAUAAAAUAUCCAUGCUAGCAAAUAGUUUCUUCACAGUUACAAUUAUUAUUACUUCAUCAUAUGGCUACGAAAAACAAGGCAGUAAUAGUUCAGGCAAUUGCAAUCACAGCCACAAUCAGCUUAAUUAUAGCUGCAAUAGUUUUCUAUAUCCUAUACAGGUUCAUUGCCGCCCGUCGGCUCAAGAGAGCGAAUCUCGCCUCGAGUUUUCGGCGGGAGGAAGCGGCGGAGGCGGCGGUGCACCACCGGUUGGAGUUCAGACAAAACGGCGGAGGAGCGAUAAGAGGGAUUAUAGUGGACGAACAGGGAUUGGAUGUGGUGUAUUUGAGAAGAGUCGAGAAUCGGAAUAUCUCGAGAUGUUUUUCCAAGGUUUGGUAUAAUAAUAAUAUGGACGAUGAUUAUGACGAUGAAGAGGUGAAGAGAGUCGAUAAUGGUGGUGAAAAGAGCAGGAUUUCCGAGCCUAUACAAGAAAUUCCAUUGCUUUUAGAGCAGAGAAAUGUUUUAUGUAACGAUGAAUAUGCGGUGAAGAAAAGUUUGCCUAGACCGGAAUUGGCGGCUCCGCCACCACUUGGGCUGAGGAGAGUCCCUCCUUCACCACCACCUACUCCUCUGCAUCAGCCGGAGAUUUCUCCGGUCAAUCAAACUCCACCACCGCCACCACCACCACCGCCACCGCCCCCACCACCUAUACCUACGCUUCCUCAAAAGGGAAAUAUCAAGCCAGCACCACCACCGCCAAGUCCACCGAAACUAAAACCGGCACCGCCACCUCUUCCGGCGAAGACAAGGGGGUUGAUUCCAUCGCAUAAACCACCUGUUCACCCGAGAGAAAACAGGUACAGCAGCAGAACAGAAGAUCCUGCUAAGGAAAAGAUUAACGAAAACGGAGAGCAAAUGAAAUUGAAGCCAUUACACUGGGAUAAAGUUACGGCUAAUGCAGACCAUUCGAUGGUCUGGAACGAGAUCACCGAUGGCUCUUUUAGGUUUGAUGACGAACUAAUUGAAACCCUCUUCGGCUACACCACCACUAACCGUAAAUCGACCGACAACAACAAACUAUCACAUCAGAGAAGUUCCAACUCACUUCCAUCGCCACAAACAUUCCUUCUCGAUCCAAGAAAAUCGCAAAACACAGCAAUUGUCCUAAAAUCACUAGCAAUUUCCCGCAAAGAAAUCCUCGACGCCUUAACAGACGGACGAGGAUUAAACUCAGACACACUCGAAAAACUGUCUAACAUCAGCCCAACACAAGAGGAAACCGCCAAAAUCCUCGAUUUCAACGGAAAUCCAACGAAACUUGCCGAUGCGGAGUCUUUCUUAUACCACAUCCUCAAAGCAGUCCCUUCGGCUUUUAUCCGUUUCGACGCUAUGCUCUUUCGAUUAACCUACGAUCCGGAGAUACUGCAUCUGAAAGAGUCUCUGCAAAUACUUGAAUUGGGAUGUAAGGAGUUGAGAAAAGGUGGGAUCUUUCUCAAACUCCUCGAAGCCAUUCUUAAAGCAGGCAACAGAAUGAACGCCGGCACGAACAGAGGGAACGCUCGGGGGUUCAACCUCACCGCUCUCCGACGAUUAUCCGACGUGAAAAGCACGGACGGGAAAACAACUCUGCUCCAUUUCGUAGUCGAGCAAGUAAUCAGAUCGGAGGGCAAACGCCGCUAUGCGAACAGAAACCCUAAAAAUUCCGAAGAGGAGAGAGAUCGAGAGCACCUGAUGCUGGGGCUGCCGGUUCUGGAAUCGAUGAGCAUCGAAUUCGCCGGCGUGAAAAAAGCGGCGGCGAUCGACUUCGACGGCGUGAUCGGCGUUUCCGCCGCUCUCGCUGCGAGAAUUGACGAGAUUGAACAGAGGCUGAAAUUCGAAUCCGGCGGGUUGUUUCUGAGAGAGAUGAAGGGGUUUUUGGAGGAUAGUCGAUUGGAGAUUGAGGUAGUGAGAGAAGAAGAGAGAAGGGUGAUGGAGAUUGUGGCGAAGACGACGGCGUAUUAUCAGGCGGGGGUUUCGAAGGAGAAAGGGGGGAAUCCUCUUCAGCUGUUCGUUAUUGUUAAGGAUUUCCUGAACAGCGUUGAUCAGGUUUGUUCGGAGAUUACGAGGAAAUUAGGUGGGAUGAAAGUGGCUUCGUCGUCGACGUCGCCGCCAUUGUCGCCGGCGCCGAGGUCUCCGGUGAGAUUUCAGAACCUGGAGAUGUAUUUUAGGGCACAACGGCGUGCAGCAAGUUCUAGUGAUUCGGAUGAUGAUUUCUAAUGUGGUUUUUUUUUUUUUUUGGGGGGUUUUUCGUCUUUUU